AUGGCGACGCCGGAUGAAACUACAAACAAAAUGGCGCAACUCAAGCGAAAACGGAAAACUAUUCGCGGUAAUAUUACUCGUUUUUCUGUUGAAAUAAGUAAAAUAAAAGAUGAUUCUUCAAUUGAAGAUGUGGAAUAUACUUGUAAUCGUUUAACUACUACCUUAAAUGAAAUGAAAAUAACGGAUAAUGAAAUACACAAUUUACUUUCUGAUGAAGAAUACGAAAACGAUAUUUUACAAUGUGAAAGCUAUAACGAUAAUGCUGAAUUCGCGAUUUUUAAAGCCAAAAAAAUAAUUCAAAAUAAAUUAGCGCCAACUACAAAUAACUUUACUGAUUUGGCUAUUAAUGACAAUAAUUUGGCGAUGAAUUUAAACCCUUGUAUUACAACGCCUGCUAUUCAAUCGUAUACUGUAAAACUGCCUACAAUUAAACUAGAACCGUUUAACGGCGAUGUAGAACUUUGGCAAAGUUUUUGGGAACAAUUUCAGUCUUCCGUAGAUAAUAAUCCAAAUCUUUCGGUAAUUGAUAAACAUGUUUUUUUAAGAGGAUAUUUACAAGAUGAACCAAAACGAUUGGUAGAUGGCAUAAGCAUUAUUGCCGAUACAUAUGAAGCUACUAAAAAACUGCUUAUGGACAAAUAUGGCGAUAAAAACAGAAUCAUUCAAGCUCAUUUGGACUUUUUAGAAAAUUUGACGCCAAUACGAAAUCCAUCACCGACUUCACUAAACGAAGUUUUUAUUGAGUGUAAUAGAAGAUUACAAGCUCUACGUGCCUUGGGAGAGGAUGUUAAUUUUUAUGGCCGAAUUUUAACUCCUAAAAUUUUACGAGCAUUUCCGGAUGACAUUUGCCGCUGUUGGAUCAUUUUUGCGAAACGACAGAAAAUUUCGGAAGGUGACAUAACAAAAUUAAUACAAUUUCUCUCGGAAGAAGUAGAAGGUGCACUUACUACUCUGAAAAUUAGAGACGGUGGGAGUCAGUCUAGCUUCAUUCAUCCUAGUUUGAUUGACUUCCUGCAACUGGAAAUCACUAGCUCAGAAAAAUUGAACCUUCAAGCAUUCGAAUCUAUUUCAACAAACACUGAAACGAGACGGAGGGUCAAAUUUAUCUUGUCAAGCAUUUGGAGCAACUCAAAAAUAAAUAUACAAGCAUUUGAAAGUUCGAAUACUUAUGCCUUUCAUCCAUCUACUCCACAACCUGUCUCUUCUUUUGCUCAUAGUCAAAAGUUGAAACUUGCUGAUCCAUCAGACAGCUUAAACGACUUACCUAUAGAAAUUCUGAUAGGUGCUGAUUUUUAUUGGACUAUAGUGCAUACUAAAUCUCCUAUCAGACUUUCGGCGACUCAUGUGUUAAUACCUACAGUAUUUGGAUGGAUUCUUUCCGGCAACCGUUCGUUCACUACUAUAGCAUAUUCUUCUGUUUCUUCAGUUCUCAACAUUAGCUCAGAAACUUUGGUACGUGAUCUGGACGAUCACGCGAGACGAUUUUGGGACUUGGAAACAAUUGGCAUUAAAACUAUGCAGGAUAAAGGGAUGACUAUUCGUAAUUCUGAAAUUUUAAGUGAUUUUCACAAUUCAUUUUGCAAAGUUGAUGGCCGCCGUGUUGUAAAGUUACCAUGGAAACCAGAGGUGAUUCUUUCAUCGAAUAAUUACGAAAUAGCACUCAAACGAUUUCAAAUACUCCGUAACAAACUCUUUACUCAUUCAGACUUAAGAGAUAUUUAUACAGAACAGAUGCAAAAUUAUAUCGAUAACCAAUAUGUUGAACUUGCUGAUAAUAGUCCUUGCAACGAAUCAAAACUAUUUUACUUGCCUCAUCAUAUAGUGAAAAAACAAAAGAAUGACGAAAAGAAAUGGCGAAUUGUAUUUGACGCUUCUUCUCAUACACCAGGACAUCCUUCCUUAAAUGAUGCUCUUGAGCAGGGUCCUAAUUUGCUUCCAGAAAUAUUUGCAACAUUGUUACGAUUUCGACUUCACAAAUUCGCAAUCACAAGCGACGGACGUCAAGCAUUCUUGCAACUUAUUUUGGAUGAAGAGGGUAGAAACUGUACUAGGUUCCUGUGGUUUAGGACGGAAAAGGAUGCAAACGGAAAAAUACAUUUGCGAAAUGAAAUACUUACUUAUCGUUUUUCACGUUUACCUUUUGGAUUGACUUCUAGUCCUUUUUUGCUUUCUGCCACUCUUCGUGAAUUAGCUAAUAUGCACUCUGAUUCCUACCCUACUGCAGCUAAACACCUGGAGAAUAAUAUUUUCAUGGACGACUUUGUUAUGGGAGUGGAUACUGCUGAACAAGCAACAAUUCUUUACCAAGAAAUGCAAGAUUUAAUGACACAGAUAAGUUUACCUUUGGCUAAAUGGAGUACAAACUCCAAGAACCUACAGGCUAUUUGGGAACUAAAGGAUAUCAUCUUCAAAUGCAAUACGCAAGUAUUGGGAAUUAACUGGAAUACCAAAGAAGACGUGUUUCAUACAGAUAUAAACGAAAGUGUUUAUCAGUUUGCUGUUCCUGCAACAAAACGUUUACUUCUUAAAAUUGUAUCAAAGUUGUAUGAUCCUUUAGGCCUCUAUGCACCAGCAAUAGUAGUUGGAAAAAUUCUUUUUCAAACCACGUGGCUCAUGGGAGUUCAAUGGGACAAAAUUCUUCCUCCAGGCAUUGCCGCAAGCUUUAACAGAUGGGUAUCUGAAAUAUCAUCCUUAAACAAGAUACACAUUCCUCGCUGGAUUGGAAUUUCUGCUACUUCUCACAUGACUAUCCAUGUCUUUUGCGAUGCUUCGGAAAAGGCCUAUGGAGCCGCAAUAUACAUUUGUUUCACUGAGCGUAACGAAAGAAAGGUUCGCCUAGUUUGCAGUCGCAAUAGACUUUCUCCACUUAAAAAGGUGACACUUCCACGGUUAGAACUUUUGGCAGCCUUACUAGGAGCUCGUUUACUUCACUAUUUUUGCAAAGAAACUGGUUUAGAAAAUCAAACAUCAACACUUUGGAGUGAUUCAACUGUUGUAUUAAGUUGGAUAAGAAAUGAUCCUAAUCGAUGGAAAACAUUCGUAUGUAACCGAGUCACUGAAAUUCUUCAAUACACUUUUCCAGCGCAGUGGCGACAUUGCCCAGGCACACAGAACCCAGCAGAUCAUCUCUCCCGUGGUGUAUUCCCAGCAGAAUUACCAUAUCUAGAAACUUGGUGGAACGGCCCAAGUUGGUUAGCACAAAUUUCAGGCGCCUGGCCAGUCCAAAACAUUUUGACAAAUGAAGAAAAAUUAUUAAUGGAUAUAGAAGCUCGUCAAGUAAAGAACCAAACAUUGUGUACAUCGACUAUCCAAACUUUAAUCGAUAUAUCUCGCUUCAGUUCAUACACAAAACUCUUGAGAAUUACAGCUUGGAUUUAUCGUUUUCUGAACAACUGUAAAGGUCGACAACAUUUUACUUCAGAAUUGACGGCUGAUGAGCUGAAUAAGGCAAGAAACUAUUGGAUUUCAGUUGUACAGAAACAGAGUUUUUCUGUAGAAAUCAACGCACUAGAGCAUAAUCGUUCCUUACCUAAAUCCUCAAAAAUUUCUCGGUUUCGCCCAUUUCUAAAAGAUAACAUUUUACGACUUGGUGGUAGGCUACAAUUCGCACGAAUAUCAGUUGAACAAAGACACCCAAUACUACUGGAGGGAUCUCAUUAUUUUGUGCACUUGUUGAUUAGACACACGCACAUUCGUCUACAUCAUUUGGGUGUUCGUGUAGUCCUUUCAGAAUUACGCUCCGAGUUUUGGAUACUCCGUGGUCGUCAAGCCAUCAAGCGAGUGAUUAAAACCUGUUUACCGUGCAAACUGUCUCAUGCUUUAAGUUCUAAUGAAAUAGAAGCCCUCUUCCAGCUGACCGACUUACUCCUUGUAUGA